AUGGGCAAGAGGCAGGAAAAGGCACGACUCGAGCGUUGGGCUGCGGCGGCCGGGGCGGGACGGGGUCCGGAGAGAGCGUGCCUUUACGUGCCUUUUCGUGCCAGCCGUGCCUUUGCGUGCCUUUUGAAAUUGGCCCCGGAGCCGACCGCGGUGGGUUGGGAUUGGGUGCGUGCCUUUCCGUGCCGUGUGGGAUCAAAGGUUUUCCGGCGGGGUUCGUCGAUCAACAUGGCGCCCAAACGUGCUGCAGAGCAUGAUAAUGAGGGCGACGCUUGGAAGAUGCCGCGGACCAGCGGCUGCGGCGGCCAACUAAAGGGAGAAGGGUCCGGCAAAGGCAAGCCGAAAGGAACCUCCAAGAGCGCAGGAGCAACGGAGCAACCCAAGGGAUCCGGCAAGCAAGGCAAAGGCACUGCAGCAAAGGGAUCCACCAAGAGCGCAGGAGCAACGGAGCACCCCCCAAAGGGAGCCGGCAAGCAGAGCGCAGGAGCAACGGAGCACCCCGUUAAGGGAGCCGGCAAGCAGAGCAAAGGCACAGGAGCAACGGAGCACCCCCCAAAGGGAGCCGGCAAGCAGAGCAAAGGCACAGGAGCAACGGAGCACCCCCCAAAGGGAGCCGGCAAGCAGAGCAAAGGCACAGGAGCAACGGAGCACCCCGGAUCCGGCAAGCAAAGCAAAGGCAAAGGCGAGCUGAAGGGAUCCACCAAGAGCGCAGGACCAGAAGAGCACCCACCCCCAAAGGGAUCCGGCAAGCAAAGCCAGGCUGGUGAGAAGGUGGAACUCCGGAACCUCAACCCAGAGUCGAUGAAACGAUUUUUCGACACCGAUACAUAUGCAUCGGCAAAGCCUAGCUCAGCAGCACCCAAGGGAUCCGGUAAGAAGGGAUCCACCAAGAGCGGAGGACCAGAGGAGCACCCGCCAAAGGGAGGCGGCAAGCAAAGCAAAGGCAAAGGCGAUCUCAGAAGCCAGGGAUCCGGCAGCGCAGGACCAGAGGAGCACCCCACCCCAAAGGGAUCCGGCAAGCAGAGCAAAGGCAAAGAUGCAGCGAAGGGAUCCACCAAGAGCGCAGGGCCAGAGGAGCACCCCAACCCCUCAAAGGGAUCCGGCAAGCAAAGCAAAGGCAAUGGCGAGCUGAAGGGAUCCACCAAGAGCGCAGGACCAGCAGACCCAAAGGGAUCCGGCAAGCAGAGCAAAGGCAAAGAUGCAGCGAAGGGAUCCACCAAGAGCGCAGGAGCACAUGAGCACCCAAAGGGAUCUGGCACAGCUGGCAACAAGGGCCACAAGGGCACGGCUUUUUCUGGGGCCGGGAAGGGUGAGACAAGAGCCUUGUUGAAGGCCGUCCACGAGGAAGCCGCGGAGCUGUGCAACACGGAGCAUGACCACGACGAGGAUCAGCACUGGCAGCUGAGCAUACACGACAUGACCAAUAGGGCAGAGAUUGCAGACUCAGACUUCCAGAACCCCUGCGUUGUGCUACCCACUUGUGUUCUCGGCGAGUUGUCCAACAUGCAGGCCAAACAACCAAGGCUGUGUCAGCAACGCCUAAGAAGCAUAGCCAACAACAAAAGCAUGUUCGAUAUGUUCAAGAACUGGCAGGCCCAGCACCACCCGACCCACACAACGGCAUGGGGGAAAGCACCAGCAGCGCAGCUCAUGCAUCACAACAAGUUUCUGCUGGAUGUUCUCCAAGGUGCUUUGGAGCCUUCUACCGAAGUCGAGGAGGCCCAUGAGGGAGAGGAUGGCGAGGAGGCGGACCUAGAGGAAGAUGAGGAGGAACAACCUGAUCCUGAUGAUGCUGGCGAUGAAGACGAGGAUCAAAGCUGGGAUGAAGAAGGUGAUCAGGAGGGCCAGGAGUCCGGUGACGCCGAUCAGGGUGAGGAGUGGGCUGAUGAUGAUGAUGAAGGGAUACCGACUUCGGGGUAUCCGGAUGAUGAGGGUAUGGAUGUGGGUGCUGCCGACCCGCCUGCUCCGGCUUCCUACCCCAAGAAAUCCAUCCUGCGGGCGCCCUCCAGCAUCAGCGUCCAGUCGGAGAAGUCCUCAAUCAGCCCGGUGGGCGUGCGGGACGAUGACGGCAAGGUCAGAGUCUUGGACGAAGCGACCCGGCAAUCGAUCCAGGCCAUGACACACCCCAGCCAGAUGGACGCCGGGGAACGUCGCCGGCAGCGCGAGGCCAUGAAGCGGUUCGAAUUUUUAAAGGCAUUUAUGCUUGACCCGAAUAUGGGCGAUAUGCACAUCGAAGCGAUCUACAGCGAGUAUUCGGAGAAGCGGAACGAAGGCCACUACAUCGAACUCCCUCUUCACGAACUAGAGAAGAAAUACGGGGAUACAGAAGAAGGCCGACGCUUUCUUCAAGAAGAUAUCCUGGCGAAACAGUCUGGGCGGGAGCAUCCGCAAGCAAAAGGCAGUGCCUCCUGGAGGUUGUAUAAGGUGUAUGAGUACGGAAAGGAGAUCAGCAGCUGUGACGAAUUCAGAGAU